AUGCUUCUGGUGCAUCACUACUACAGUGAUCCUCCCCGUCUUAUGCUUCUGGUGCAUCACUACUACAGUGACCCUCCUCGUCUUAUGCUUCUGGUGCAUCACUACUACAGUGAUCCUCCCCGUCUUAUGCUUCUGGUGCAUCACUACUACAGUGACCCUCCCCGUCUUAUGCUUCUGGUGCAUCACAACUACAGUGAUCCUCCCCGUCUUAUGCUUCUGGUGCAUCACUACUACAGUGAUCCUCCCCGUCUUAUGCUUCUGGUGCAUCACUACUACAGUGAUCCUCCCCGUCUUAUGUUUCUGGUGCAUCACUACUACAGUGAUCCUCCCCGUCUUAUGCUUCUGGUGCAUCACUACUACAGUGAUCCUCCCCAUCUUUUGGUUCUGGUGCUUCACUACUACAGUGAUCCUCCCCGUCUUAUGCUUCUGGUGCAUCACUACUACAGUGACCCUCCCCGUCUUAUGCUUCUGGUGCAUCACUACUACAGUGACCCUCCCCGUCUUAUGCUUCUGGUGCAUCACUACUACAGUGACCCUCCCCGUCUUAUGCUUCUGGUGCAUCACUACUACAGUGACCCUCCCCGUCUUAUGCUUCUGGUGCAUCACUACUACAGUGACCCUCCCCGUCUUAUGCUUCUGGUGCAUCACUACUACAGUGACCCUCCCCGUCUUAUGCUUCUGGUGCAUCACUACUACAGUGAUCCUCCCCGUCUUAUGCUUCUGGUGCAUCACUACUACAGUGAUCCUCCCCGUCUUUUGGUUCUGGUGCAUCACUACUACAGUGAUCCUCCCCGUCUUUUGGUUCUGGUGCAUCACUACUACAGUGAUCCUCCCCGUCUUUUGGUUCUGGUGCAUCACUACUACAGUGAUCCUCCCCGUCUUUUGGUUCUGGUGCAUCUUUCUCAAUGA